UUGUAAUAUACCUGAACGACCUCGACCUCGACCUAGAUAACAAUAACACACACUCUCCCUCUCUCUCACAAACACACAUAUACAUGUUUCUCCGCAUAUCUUUCUUGUUCGUAACUACCCAAUGACAAUGACAAUGGAAACGACGCCGAACGUACGCAUUCUCGUCAUCAACCCCAACACGUCGACACACAUGACGGACGCACUGAGGCCGGUCCUUGAAGAUUUGCAAAUGCCAUUUGUCCAAUACACAUUCUUCACAUCCCCCACACCGGGGAUCCCAAGUAUAAACUCCCCCGAAGACGCCGCCGAGUCGGCAGAGAUCUGCCUCCCUUCGUUGAUCCCUCUCCUACCUCACCACGACGCCUUUCUCGUGGCAUGUUACAGUCGACACCCUCUCGUCACGCAACUGAAGAGGGAAUGCAAAAAGCUCAGUCGAGCGGCGACGGCCGGGUCCGAAGGUCGAGGGGCGAACAAGCACGUCACGGGGAUCUUCGAGGCCAGCGUCCUGUCGAGUUUGGCGUUGAUCGACGACGCUGAAGGGGAAGGGUUCGGGAUAGUGUCGACGGGUAAAGUUUGGGAAAAGGCUUUACAGACUGCGGUCGGAGGGUUUUUGGGUGAGUCCGGAGACGGGGAUGGGAACCCCACGGAAAAGUCGAGGUUCUACGGGUGUGAGACGACCGGAUUGAACGCGAGCGAAUUGCAUGAUUUGCCGGCUGACCAGGUGAGGGGGAAGAUGAUGGAGGCUACAAAGAGGGUCUUGAGGAGGGGCCAACAACAGCAUGCAUCUGAAGAGAUUAAGUCGAAAUCAAAGGUCAAGGCCAUUUGUCUGGGUUGUGCGGGUAUGGUAGGGCUGGAGGAUGCGGUCAGGCAAGCUUGUGUGGAAGAGUUGGGCCACGAGGAGGCCAAGGACGUGUGUAUCGUCGACGGGGUCAAGGCCGGCGUGGCCUUGUUGUGUUCUUUGGCGAGGACUGGGUUUUGAAAUAACUAGUGGCUACUUUGGUACUCAAAGAAAAGCAUGAGCGAGCGUUACAGGGUACAUAUACGCAUAUACAUGUACAUACAAAGCAAGCAAAAGAGCCAAGCAGAG